UUUUGCCACAAAAGAAAUAAAUCUUGAAGGGAGAAGGAACAAAAGAGGGGGAACUAUCUAGGCCAACCAUGGGUUUUCCAUCUGUUCCAGGGUAUUUAGAUCAACCUAACUGGAACCAGCAAGCUCAUCAGCAGGUGAGCAGCAGCGGUGUGACGUGCCAGCUUCCGCCAUUAAUGGCAGCUCCGCAGACUGAAGGUGGGAUGGUUGACUCGAUCAGGCUUGGAUCGAUGGCGGACCGAGCUCGGCUCGCAAAGGUCCCUCAGCCGGAGCCAGGGCAGAAGUGCCCGCGCUGUGACUCCACCAACACCAAAUUCUGUUACUUCAACAACUACUCCUUGUCGCAGCCCCGGCAUUUCUGCAAGACAUGCCGACGUUACUGGACGCGCGGCGGCGCCCUCCGCAACGUCCCCGUCGGCGGCGGCUGCCGCCGCAACAGGAGGACCAAGUCCACCGCUGGUAGCUCCUCGAAGUUCUCGACUACGGCCACUCAGACUGGAGCCUCCUCCUCCUCCUCCUCCCCGGCCACAUCAUCCGGCUUAGGUGGUGCAACAACAUCCCACGUCCCGUUCCCUUCGCAUCUGCCAUUCAUGGCCUCGUUGCACCCGCUUCCGGACUUCACGUCGACUAACUUCGCGAUGAGCUUCUCCAGCAUCCAACCCGCAAACACAAUGGAGUAUCAGCUGGGAGGGAGCAGCAGUAGCAGGGGUCCCUUCGAUGGCUUUGGAUUAGAGACUCUCAGGCUUCAGCAGAUACAGCAGUUUCCAUUACCAGGAGGACUGGAACUUCCGCAGCCGCCGCCAGCGGCAGCUGGUGAAGGCAGUGGGCUUCUUGAGGGGUUCAUUACAGGGCAAGCUCAAACGAGACGACCGAAUUCCGGGCUCAUAACUCAGCUGGCGAAGAUGGAGGACAGCCAACAACUGCUUGAUCUCCCAGGGCGUUACCUUAAUGCUUCCCGCAACGAUCAAUUCUGGAGUGGCAGCAGUGGCGGAGGCAGCAGCAGCGGCGCGGGCGGAUGGGCGACGGAUCUCUCAGGAUUCAACUCCUCAUCUGGAAGUAUCUUGUGAUCGUAUGGUUCCCAUGAUUACGUUCUAACAUGGAAGCUCAGUUUUUUACAAUGGCUUCGAAGGGGCCUGCUUGACCGGAGAAGGAAGGAUGAAGCAGUAGACUAAUUACUGCAAGCCCGUAUGAUCUCUGAUAUGGUUUGUGGUGUCAUGUUACUACUACACGCAUCAAAUCAAAUGGUAGGCAGGCUUCUUCUUUCGGAUUGUUAGGGUUGGUGCUUUGCCUGUGUUAUAAUGGGCUGUAUGUUACAACACUAUGGUCGGAGAUAUUUGAUGGAUCGGUUGGUGGCAUGUCUGACUUUUAAGAAAUCGUUGUGAGGGAUUUAUAUGAACAAUGUAUAUAUCUACUUCAUUUCUCAAAAGUUUAGGCAUUCCCUAAAUUUGCGAUAUGAGAAUAUUUAGUGUCAUCAUUUUUCAUCCUUUUGUCUCUCUUUAAUGUUAUUGUGUUCCCUAUGGACUGCAAAAUUUUUGCA